AAAUGUUGGCAACCAUGCAAUGGGUGUAACUGUCGUUGUUGACUACAGCUUGAGUCAUCAGAAUGAUUUGAUUAAAUUAUUUUCAAUUUUUCAUUUGCAGUGUACACCAAGUGUUAGUUUAUUAAAUUUAAACAAUUAUUUCGCAUCAAAUCGUGGAAUGUAGUAAUGGAAAUCACGGUUUUUCUUUGUUUCGUUUUGACUCUGCUUGGACAACGUGUGUUUGCAGACUUUUACAACGAGUAUGAGUGCAACAACCCGUUGCUGCACCGUGCCGUUUUGAAGGCCACCUCGUCGAUGUCAAAACGGGGCCCCGAGAACGCCGUCUUGUGGGGUGGCAAUGCAUGGAGUGCCGAAGAGAACGAUUUUGACCAACACCUAAUCGUUGAUUUGGGCGAAGUAAUGAACGUAACGAGAAUCUGGACCCGUGGUAGACCCCAUAGCAAUGAAUUUGUCAUGGAAUACACUAUUAGUUAUGGUACUAACGGUUUAGAUUAUGCAGACUACAAAGAACCUAGUGGUAAUGCAAUGAUGUUCACGGGCAAUUCUAAUGGUGAUUCGAUACACAAAAACGAAUUCGAAGUGCCCAUAAUUGCCCAAUGGAUUCGCAUAAAUCCGACCAGAUGGCGUGAUCGUAUAUCCAUGCGUGUGGAGCUCUACGGCUGCGAUUAUGAGGCCGAUCGUAUGUAUUUCAAUGGAACUGCUUUGCUCAAGCUCGAUAUGAUGCGGGAUCCGGUGUCGGCGUCCCGUGAGAGUAUUAGGUUUAGGUUUAAGACGGCUGUGGCGAAUGGAGUUGUGUUGUACAGUAGGGGAACCCAAGGAGAUUACAUUGCUUUGGAAUUGAGAGAUAAUCGAAUGUUGCUUAAGAUCGAUUUAGGAUCAGGAAUUGUGACUAGUUUAUGUGUUGGAAGUCUCCUAGAUGAUAAUAUUUGGCACGACGUUGUUAUUUCACGAAAUCGAAGGGAUAUUUUGUUCUCGGUUGAUCGAGUGGUAGUCCAGGAUAAGAUCAAAGGGGAAUUCAACAGACUCAACUUGAAUCAAGCGUUUUACGUCGGGGGAGUCCCUAAUAUUCAAGAAGGUUUAGAAGUGGUCCAGAAUUUUACCGGUUGUAUAGAAAAUAUCUACUUAAAUGCAACAAAUCUCAUCAGGGAAUUGAAACAAGGAUAUGAGUACUCGUAUAAUCCUGGGUUGCAUUUUGAAAAAGUCAAUACUUUGUACAAUUGUCCGGAGCCUCCGAUUAUUCCAGUCACGUUUUUAACGAAGAAUUCUUUUGCGAAACUUAAAGGUUAUGAAGGGAUGAAGUCGUUGAAUGCUUCGUUUGCUUUCAGGACGUACGAAAAGGACGGCUUGAUGUUCUUCCAUGCGUUUUCCACGUCAGGACAUGUUGCGAUAUUUUUAGAAGAGGGCAAAAUCAAAGUAGAACUGAUAACCUCUGACGUUUCCAAAAUAGUUCUCGACAACUACAUGGAGAAAUUCAACGAUGGCCGCUGGCAUACUGUCGUAUUAACAAUCAGCGAAAAUUUACUAAUCUUCAAUGUUGACUACCGCCCUAUGAAAACCGUCCGUGUCUUGAAGAUUAAAACCGGCGGUACUUAUCUAGUCGCCGGUGGUGUAACCACCUCACUUGGUUACUCUGGCCAACCGAUGCCCGGUUUUAUCGGUUGUAUGCGCACAAUCGGCAUCGACGGAAACUACCGAUUACCAACCGAUUGGACCAAAGGCGAAUACUGUUGCGAGGAUCAAGUCGUCUUCGACGCAUGCCGAAUGACAGAUCGCUGUAAUCCCAAUCCAUGUCAACAUGGCGGUCUCUGUAAACAAAACGCUUUGGAAUUUUUCUGCGACUGUAAAAAUACAGGCUAUGGUGGCGCUGUAUGUCACACUUCAAUUAACCCCCUCUCAUGUCAAGCCUACAAAAACGUACAAGCUGUCAAUCACAAAGCCGAGAUUAAAAUCGACGUUGACGGAAGUGGGCCUUUGGGACCGUUUCCGGUCACGUGCGAAUUCUACGCCGAUGGUCGAGUCGCAACCGUUUUACAUCAUAGUAAUCAAGAAACCACUUCAGUUGAUGGUUUUCAAGAACCGGGAAGUUUCAAACAAGAUAUACAUUAUGAAGCUGAUGAUGAUCAAGUCGCUGCAUUGAUAAACCGGUCGAGUACUUGUCGACAACAUUUACAAUAUGCUUGUCGUGGUGCUCGAUUGUUUAAUUCACCAACGGAUGAGACUAGAUUUAGUCCCUAUUCGUGGUGGGUGUCUCGACAUAACCAAAAGAUGGAUUAUUGGGGUGGGGCUUUGCCCGGAUCCCGGAAAUGUGCAUGUGGCGUUUCCGGGACGUGUGUAGACCCCACCAAAUGGUGUAAUUGUGAUAGUAGUAAUGAUUACAAUGCUGAUAAGUGGUUGGUUGAUGCGGGGGAUAUAACCGAAAAAGAGAACCUUCCAGUGAAACAAUUGAGGUUCGGUGAUACCGGAACCGCUCUUGAUUAUAAAGAAGGUCGCUACACUUUAGGCCCUUUAAUGUGCGAAGGUGAUGAUCUUUUUAAUAAUGUUAUCACGUUUCGAAUCUCAGACGCUACGAUUAAUUUACCGACUUUUGAUAUGGGUCAUAGUGGCGACAUCUACUUCGAAUUUCGAACAGCUGUCGAAAAUGCUGUUUUAUUCCAUUCUAAAGGCCCAUCUGACUUUAUCAAAUUGAGUAUUGUCGGUGGUAAUCAAUUACAGUUUCAAUAUCAAGCCGGCUUAGGCCCUAUGGCUGUCAUUCGUGAAACGUCAUAUAAACUAUCGGACGAUAGAUGGCACUCAGUGUCAGUCGAACGAAACAGAAAAGCCGCAAUGAUCGUCGUUGACGGGGCUUUGAAAGCCGAAGUGAGGGAACCCCCUGGUCCUGUCCGUGCCCUUCACUUGACCUCUGACCUUGUCAUUGGUGCGUCAACCGACUACCGUGAUGGUUUCACCGGUUGUAUACGCGCCCUCUUGAUUAACGGUCAACAAGUCGAUUUGAGGAGUUACGCACGACGUGGGUUAUACGGUGUAACCGAAGGUUGUAUUGGGAAAUGUCAAAGUAACCCAUGUCUCAAUAAUGGCACUUGUUUUGAACGUUAUGACAGUUACUGGUGUGAUUGUCGUUGGACGGCAUUUAAAGGUCCGAUUUGUGCCGACGAAAUUGGUGUUAAUAUGCGUCAAACUUCCAUGGUUAAGUAUGAUUUUAUGGGUUCGUGGCGGUCGACGAUUGCCGAAAAUAUCCGAGUCGGGUUUACGACGACCAAUGCGAAAGGUUUCCUUCUGGGCUUCUCGUCGACCAUCUCCAAGGAGUAUUUGACGAUUAUGGUGUCAAAUUCGGGGCAUUUGCGUGUGGUUUUCGACUUUGGGUUUGAACGACAGGAAGUUAUCUAUCCGGAGAAAUUGUUCAAUUUGGGACAGUAUCACGAUUUUCGGUUGUCGCGGAAGAAUUCCGGUGCGACUUUGGUUCUCCAAGUCGAUAAUAAUAAGCCAGUGGAGUAUCAUUUUAAUAUAAAAGCGUCAGCUGAUGCUCAAUUCAAUAAUAUUCAGUAUAUGUAUAUUGGGAGGAAUGAGUCAAUGACUGAGGGUUUCAUUGGUUGUAUUUCGAGGGUGGAGUUUGAUGAUAUUUAUCCAUUGAAGUUGUUGUUUCAACAGUCGGGGCCGGUUAACGUCCAGUCAUUAGGAACACCGUUGACUGAAGAUUAUUGUGGAGUGGAACCGAUAACUCAUCCUCCUGAUAUUAUCGAGACGAGACCACCGCCCAUUGUUGAUGAGGAGCAGUUGAGGAAGGCGUACAACCAGACGGAUUCGGCCAUUUUAGGAAGUGUUUUAGCGAUAAUCUUCCUCGCUUUGGUGAUCCUAGCCAUCGUGAUUGGGCGCUACUUGCACCGCCACAAGGGUGAAUAUUUGACCCAAGAAGACGCCGGCGCCGACACUGCACUCGACCCAGACACCGCCGUCGUCCACGGAACAACCGGACAUCACGUCCAGAAAAAGAAAGAGUGGUUCAUAUAGUCGAUCCGUUAUUUUCAAUUCAAGGGCCUAAUAGUACAACAAUAUUAUUUUAUAGCAUGACGGUUUUGCGGUGCGGAGGGCCGUAUUUCGUGAAAAUUUAUUUACAUUGAAACGAUCGUUUAUUUUUUUAUUGUUUUUAUUUAGGAUGUGUUCGUGUGGCAUAAACUUUUGUUUUGUGCAAUUUCGAUACUUUCUCUUGACUUAUUUUAUUUCCGUCCAUUUAUUUGUAACAUUCCAGUAUUAUUUAUGGUUCUAACACUGAAAUUCGAUCACUUGAUCUUCCAAAAAGGAGUAGUCGCUAGAAUAAGUGCCUUUUUAGGGCAUUUCAUCGAUACUUUGCACUGUGAACUUAUCUUUUGUUGCUUUUUUGAACUGUAUUAUACUGUAAUACGACUAGUAUGAGAUAUUGUGUAAUUUUUUACAAAUAAAAACACGUAAAACACAAA